GUUGAGGCAGGUGGUGGUGUUGCUGCAUGGUGAGAGAUUUUGGGUUUGGGUUGUGUGUGGUCUGCUCUGAGCUGUGAAGGUGUUUAUAUCUUUCCAGUUGCUUUUCUUGGUUUCUGGGUUUUCAGUGACUCUAUUCCCCUGCCAUGGCCUCCAAGGACAGUGAUCCCCGGGCUGCCAUCUCUGAGCCCCAGGGGCAGAAGCAGCAGGUGCCUGCAGAGGCCAAGGACCUGGAUGCAGCUCCAGUGGCAGUGGCCAAGGAUGCUGUCUGCAGCACAGCUGCUGGGCCCAAGGCUGCAGUGUCCAGCAUGGUGGAUGUAGCCAAAGCAGCUGUCCAGGAGGGUGUGGAGAAGACCAGAUUGGCAGUGACCAGCAGCGUGGAUGCUGCAGCGGGCUUGUCUGUGGGCCAGAAAGUUACAAGUGACCUGGACCUGGUGCUGGGGAAGACAGGGCAGUGGGUGGACCACUACCUCCCCAUGACGGCUGAGGAGCUGGCUGCACUUGCUGCCUCUGUGCAAGGGGCAGAGGUGGCUCCACUGGAGCAGCAGAAGCAGCAGCAGAGCUACUAUGUGUGCCUGGGCUCCCUCUCUACUCGCCUGCAGCAGCGAGCCUACCAGCACUCCCUGAGCAAGAUGAGGAGUGCCAGGCAGAGCGCCCUGGAGGCCCUGGUCCAGCUGCAGCAAGCUGUGGACCUGAUUGGCUCAGCCAAGCAGACUGGGGAUCAGAUGGUGCACGACAGCCAGGAGAAGCUGCAGCAGCUGUGGCUGGAGUGGCGCCAGGGCCAGCCAGGAAGCCAGGAGGGGGACAGCACCCCACAGCCUGAGGAGAUGGGAUCCCAGGCUCUGGCCACUGUCCAGACCCUCCUCCAGCAAGAGCAGGAUGCCUGGCAGAGCCUGAUAGCCAGUAUCCAGGGGCUGCCAACCAGCAUGCAGGAGCAGGUCCAGCAGGGCUGCCAGCACCUGGGGGAGCUCCAGGCUGCCUUCUCCAGUGCCCCGUCCUUCCAGGAGCUGCCUGAGGGGCUGCUGAGCCAGAGCAGGGAGAAGCUGGCCAAGGCCCAGGAGUGCCUGGAUGAUCUGCUGGAGUAUGUGAUUAAGAACAUCCCCCUGACCUGGGUUGUGGGGCCACUUUCUCCUGCUGGAGGCUCUGCAGAGCAGGUGGAGGAGCCUGCAGGGGAAGGGAAGGUGGAGCCCUGAAGAACUAAACCCCUCUUGGGUUAUGCCUAGUAAAGGGGUCCUUUCUCUCCAAGGGAUUUGAUUCAAGCUGUGAAGGUGGGGUAGUCUCAUCAUCUUCCUUCUGAUGGGCAAGUCUUUUGCCCUCCCCACUGAGCUGGGUAUUCACUUGGGUGUCCCAGAAAGGGCUGCCUUUCCCUGGAUGGCUCUAAUCCUGCUGUACCAAUUGGCCUGUCAGCUGCCUCCUGAUCGAAGGCUUCUUCUGCUCCAAAUCCCUUGCCUGCCUUGUGCCUGUUUGGUUGCUGGCUUAGUGUUGAUCACUGUUGCAUUCACAGCCUGUCCUGAACAUGUUCUUCCACCAAGUUGCAGGGAGGAAAGGAGUCCUCCUGAAGCAGUUUUGUAGAGGGGAUGGUUUCACCUGCUACUAGAAUAAAUGCUGCAUUUGAAAAAAUGCUCUCCUAAUUGGCUUCUAAUUUGUUGGUCCCCAGCAACUCCUGUUCCUGCAGUGUCUCCCUUCCCCAGUUGACUUCCUCAUCCUACUGCUGGAAAGGAAGCAGCUCAUUCUCUUUUUUUCCUCGUGGCCUUGUCUCACUUGUUCCAGCUUCCUGCGUUCUAUUAUUCCUUGCUCCUGUUGUGCUUCUCACUUCCUCCAGUUCGUUACAGGAAACAGGAGGAGGAAGCAAGGCACCUGGUGUCCCUCUGUGUUUUGCCCACUUCCAGGAAGCCUGCAGGAACUAUGUAUACUUUUUGCCCUUUUCCCCUGCCUUCCUUUCUUCCCUAGUGCAGCAACUCCUUUCCUUCCUAAGAAGUCUCGGGGCUGAAAGCAGGGCAUGUGGCUGAGAAGCUGGGUGGGGAUCUGCAUCUGAGGGCGGGAGGGCUUGGGGCUGGGACCAGGAUGAUGGGUUGGGAGAGCAUGGGGCUAGGGCCUGAGCAGGAGCCGUAAUCUCCUUGUUCCAUCCUUGCCUGUUGAACUGAUGCUGGUUGCAUGGUGGGCCGCAGCUCUGCCCCAAUCCAAUGCUGUUACAGCCCCAUAAUCACAACUUCUGGUCUCACUUCCUUUCCUGCUUCUGACUGCAGUUCUCCACCUGGCUACAGCCCUAUCCUAAUACCCCAACCCAUCU